AUGGAUGCAAUGGAUACCCUUCCCAUGCCUGAUGACUGGUGGAAUGAUGAUGUGAACGAGGAACCUUCUGUUGAAGGUCCGGAAGAUGGUGAAGAGGAGCUUCCACCCACCCAGCCCGACACCUUUCCAGAGACCGAGAUGGAGGAAGAUGAUGGGGAUAUGGAUGGGGCUGGGGAGGCCGAAGGUGGGACUGAGGUUACAGAAGGUGACAAGAGUGGGGAGAAGAUGGUGGGUGGGGAAGAGAAAGGGGGAGGGGCCGAGACUUCUUCCACACCUGUUUCCCAGCAUUUCCCAAUGGUUACCCGUGCGGAGCAGCAAGCAUUCAAGGAUGCCAAAGGCAAAGUUGCGAAAAUGGAUGCGGCCAACAAGGUUCCAGAUUCCAACAAGAGCAAGCCUGCCCAGAAGCGCCCCCCCACGAAAGAAGCAAAGGAAAGCAAGAAGGCAAAGGAGAGCAAGAAGGCAAAGGAGAGCAAGAAGGCAAAGGAGAGCAAGAAGGCAAAGGAGAGCAAGAAGGCAAAGAAGGAGAUGGUUAUGCCAGUAGACAUUGAGGAGCCUGUUGAGGAACCUGUGGAGGUUUUAGGGAGCGAUGUAGAUAGUGAGGAGGAUGUGCCCCGAAAGAAUCUUGAGAAGAAAUUCGACCAUGUGGCUGGCCAGGAUGAUCCCCGAAGUGAUGUGGCCGAGCCAAGUUCUCCCGCCCCCAAGCCCAGUCGUCGUGGCAAGAGCAAAGCCAAGGCCAAGGCAUCCCCCAAGGCUCGCACCAAGCCACCAUCACCCAAGCUCAAGCGCCCCACCGCCGCCAAAUCCCGAGCACGACAUCCCAAAACAAAGACUCAGAAGAAGGUUGAAUCAGGUGACAGGGCAGAGGACAAGGGACCAGGUGAGCCAAAUGAGGGGGGAGGAGACGGAGGGAAGAAGACUUUUGCGGGACGCUAUUGCCCAAAGGGUGGGGAGGCCAAGAUGAGAUGGCAGUGCUUGAAAGAGGUUUUCAACGGCUCCAUCCGCCCCCAUCUUGCUUGUCAAGCAUCGGCUGUAGAGGUUCUUUGGUGGGACUAUGCCUUCAAGUCCUUGAAGCAGGAGCAAAAUUUCGAGCAGUACACCGUCACCGCAGUACUUUCUAUGCCAAGGGGCAUUCCGCUCUUCUUAGCGGUUCGUGGGGUAGGAAUUCCCUGCGCUUCCUUUGAAAUUGGCUUAGAUUUGGCUUGCAGUGACGCUGCUCCUGCAGGCGGCAUUCGCGCGGGUGGUGGUUGUAUUUGCUCCACCUUGUUCAACAUGGGUGGCAAUAAACGCAGGUACCAGUCGAAGAACGAUUCUUUGUCCAGGAGUUAUCCUGCGCCCUUUGCCCGGCGAACCAUUGAAACAGCCUUCGAGAUGAAGAAAGAACCCAGCCGUUGGUCUUUGCCUGUGGACCAUACCACUCCCGUGCACCUACUGGUUUGGGGUGUUCCAUGCUCCUCGUGGUCACCAGCCGAGUUGACCACCACAGUUCAGUACCUCAGAGGAUGCAAGGAGCUGAAUUUGCCAGCGGAGGAGCUGGAAGCCACAAUUGCCCGAGCCGACACCAUCCCUGCUGAGAUCGAUGCCAUUGCUUCUCCGCAGCGUUCGUUGCAGGCCUCAGCAUCGCCCAAAGCCCCAGAGGGUUCUGUGGAGAGCAGUGGUGGUGAUAGCGAUGAAGAGUGGAUUGCGAAACACGUGGUUUCAGUGGCACAUGCCGGGAACCAAAAACCAGGCAGCCCUCUAUCCCCACCAGUUGUGACUCCCCGAGCACCACCAAGUCGUCUUUCAAAGAGUCAACAAGAGAAUCUUCAUGAUCGUUUGCCCGAAAGCUUUGAGAGGUCCCCGUACUCAAGUGAAGAUGGCAGCCUAAAGGCCCAACCGGUGAUUCCAGAAGGUGUCCCUGAACCUUUUGCUGGGAUCCAUGAGCCUGUUUGGGAUCAGAUCCCAGAUGUUCGAGAUGCUUUGGCCCCAAAGCCCCGGGUUCAAGACCAUCACUUGUCCCCAGAAGCUGUCAGGAGUAGGACCAAGAGAAUCUUUACACCACGAGCUGAUGGUUCCAAGAAAGUUUCAGAGGAGAUCUGGAACGACUGGAAGGCGAAGGGUUCCAGGAAAGACACCUACCAGAAGAUAACCUUGUACUAUGCGGAGAAGGCAAUCAAGGGAAGCUACAAGAAGGCGGCCCGAGUUGAAGUCAGCAAGCGGGCUCGCAUCCAUGAAAGGGGCAUUGGAGACAUGUCCCUAAACCUUGACGGCCCUUUUGGUGACGAACCUUCUUCGGCCCAUGCGGCUGGUGCUGAAGGAAAAGAUGAUGCUGACGUAGAAGACCUCACCCUUGACGAUGAUGUGUCCGACGACCAUGAGAUGCAACUUCGGAAGAAACUAGGUAUUCCUGAGGCAGAUCCUGAUGCAUUGCCUAGCACAUUGAUCAACAAGUACUUGACCGCCAUUGCCAAGCGAAUCUCCCAGGUAGCGAAAACCAAAACGAAGUUUUCGGAGGUGGCCAGGGAUGAUCUCAAUGAUGUUCAGCAACGGCUGUCGGAUGCAUUGCAAGCCUCUGUGACCUCGCUGGAGGAGGCCCCUGCCUCAACACUGCAUCACUGUGCGCAAGUUGCCAGAGCAGAGGUGGAACCGACAUCGGGCCUGGGCAGAGAACACUGUCGAAAAAAUGCCAGCAGGGAUGCGCAUGCCUUUAUACAAAGGUGGGGCCUAUCGUGGAAGGUCCCCUUAUCGUUUGUUGAUUUGGGGAUGGAAGGGGAGAUGAACAAGUUUGCAUACAUCAAACCAUCGGACUUUCUCAAGUUCCUCAUUCAAAGAGCACCAGACUUAUUGAUGGGGGGCUGCCCAAACAUUGAUGAAGGGAAAGCUUCAUUGUGCGAAUUCUGGAAAGCUUAUCGUGGUUUUCACCCUACGCACCGCCUUUUCUGUGAACAACACCAAAGCCGUUCAAUGGAAACUACAUUCGCCCUAGCUUUCCAUGGGGACGAAGGGCGAGGCCUUAAAAAGGGCAACACCACAAUCCUGAUGAUGGAGACUUGUUUGGGAGCUGAUUCCUGGUCCAAAUUUGUUCAUGGAAAGAGUUCGCUGACUUGUGACAGCUGUGAUUUGGAUGAACCAACUCGCAAGAGAAUCAAAACAAAUAGUUCUGGUGUGAGGCCUGCUGCAGCCUCCCAUGUAUGCUACCAAAGUACCAAUUUGAAGGAACACUCGUUUUUGACAAAAUUUGUUCUGGCCGCCAUCCCCAAGAAAGAGAAGAGCGUGUUGGACGCCAUCCUCCUUGAAAUCAUCAGGGACUUCAACUCUCUGUUUGACGUUGGUUUUUCUGCAUGGGGCUGUCAAUGGUUUGCAGCUUGUACAGGUGCAAAAGGUGAUUUGAAAUGGGUGCAGCGGGUGGGGCAGCUCAACCGAUGUUUUGGAUCCCAAACUUCGAUCAACAAAGCUAUGUGCCAUGAGUGUCUGGCGGGCACUUCCGAUCUUCCCUUUGAAGACCAUGUGCAUUGUCCAUGCUGGGCCCCUACUUGUUUUACCAGGAGACCUUAUGAUGUUCGCCCAGUCCUAUGCCACAUACCUUUUGAGCAUCAGCCUGAAAAUGAAGAGGACGCCCCUCAUGAAAGGUUCUAUCGCAGAGAUAUUUUUCACAACACGAAACAGGGAGUUUUCCGAUACUUUGUGGCAUCCUGCGUGAUGUUGAUAUUGAAGCUCCGCUACUUUGAUGAUCCCGGCGGGAGCAACAGGCGAGAUGUUGUCUUGGACCGGGCCUACAACCAUUUCAAAUGGUUUUGUUCAACCACUGGCCGCUCACCGGCCCUCAGGAGUUUUAGCUUGUCCUUUUUCAACAGUCCAAACUGGUUCACGUACCCUUGGGUCAAUUGCAAAGGAUCCGAUACUUCUCAUCUACUGGCAUGGGUACACACGAUGUUGGUGGGCUUCAUGAAUGAUCCUUUGAAAGAAGAGCAUAUGGCCAUUCUAGAGCAAAUGAUUGCUGCAGCUAACGCGGCAAGGAAAUUUCAGCGCAUUUGUUACUCGCACAAUUUGUGGCUGAACAAGUUCUGUGCAGGCUCCAUGUACAAGCACCUCCAUGCAUUUGUUGCCCAUUACAAUGGGUGUGCAUUUUUGGCAAUGCGCCAAUGGCAGUACACCGGUUUUGCUUUGACAUCAAAGUAUCACCUACUUUGCCAUCAAAAACUUGAAACCCUUCGCCUACUUGAGGAUGAAACUGUGGCAUGGGUUCCUAACCCGCAGCUUUUUGGUUGUGAGAUGAAUGAGGACGUUGUUGGGAGGCUUUCCCGAUUAAUACGCAGAGUAAGUGCAAGAACGGCAUCAUCCAGGGCUUUACAAAUAUACCUCAUCAAAUCCAAAGCUGUCUACCGAAGGUUCAAAGUGAAGCAGGCCAAGUUGAAGGUCAAACCUGGUCGAUGA